UCUUCCCGCGUCUUCUGCGCCAGGUGGGGUCCCCGGGCGGGCGGGCAUUCGCUCCAUGCUGCCUGCCGCUCUGCGUGGCCGCCGUCCUCGCAGGCGCCGCCUGCGUGCACCUCGCGCGGACCCGGCCGGUGCCGCUGGGGCCGCUGGGGCCCUGGCUCCGGGCGGGGGCGGGGCCGCCGCCAGCGCCCGCGUUCGUGGAGGCGCCCCCGGCGCGGGAGGGCCCGCAGGGCGUCGCCCUGCAGCUGGCGGAGCGGCCGCCCGGCGUCGGAGUCAGCUCGACGGCCGAGGCCGUGUGCUCGUUCGGGGACGGCCUGUGGCAGGAGUACGCGGGCCUGCACCGCCGGCAGCGCGCCGAGCUGGAGCAGGGCCGGCCAGGUAGGGCAUUGCUGUGGCACUGCCUGGACGCGGAGACGUGCAACGGCCUCGCGGACGAGAUGAAGGGCCUCGCGUCGGCCCUGUACAUUGCCAUGCUGACCGGCCGCGCCCUCUUCCUGCAGUGGGAGCGGCACGGGCAGGACCUGGCGGCGCUGCUGGGGCCCUCUGGCAGGAUAGACUGGCGCCCCCCCGGCGAGCUGCCCAGCUCCUGCGCCCCGCUGCGGCGCAACGAGUCCUCCCUCCUGCUGCUCGGCCGCGACCUGGCGCAGCUGGUGCUGGAGAACUCGGCCGCGGACUGCCUCAGCGUUCAGGCGAAUGGCAACCCGCGCGUCCUGCAGAGCGCCCUGGAGUCGGGCGAGGCGUGGGUGCCCGCCGACGUCCGUUCGGCCACCCACGCCCUGGGCGAGCUGCUGCCGCGGUUCUACAUGGUGGGCUGCGCGAUGAACUUCCUCUUCUCCUUCACGCCCGCCUACAGCAGCCUCGCGGAGCACGUGCAUGUGCUGCUCUCCCCGGGCCUGGGCGCGGUCCCGGCGCGCUUCGUGGCCGUGCACCUGCGUUUCGGGGACCAGGGCAUGCAGGGCAGCGACAGCCCGAAUUCGGAGAUGGUGCAGGAGGCGCUGGCCUGCGCCGCCCAGCUCGCGCUCGAGGUGCUCGGCCCCGCGGGCGGCUGGGGGAUCUUCUUCACCUCCGACUCUGCCGCCGCGCGCCGCGAGGCGCUGCAGAGCACGUCGCUGCUGCCGCUGUUCGAGACUGCGGACGACCCGCUCCACAUCAACGAUGUCGGCGGCGCAGACGCCAGCCUGCUGUGGAGGACUCUCGGCGACUUCCUGGUGCUCGCGAGGGCAGAGGGUCUGGUCCAGUGCUGGGACGCGGCGCGCCGCUGCGGCUUCAGCCCCUACGGGCACAGCGGCUUCAGCCUCGUGGCUGCGCAGCAGGAGUUCAUGCCCGUGGACAGGUACAGCGAGGUGACCUCCGACGGCUGCUCCAGGCACGAGCUCUACGACUUCUGAUGCGAGCGGCGGCCCAAAGCUGGCAGUCCCGGCAUGA